CAAGCCUGACGGAAAAAAAUCAUCACAAAAUUCAUUGGGGGAGAGACGAAAGCUGAAAUUAAUCGAAUUUCGUGUUCAAAAGCUGUCUGAAAACGAUCGAAAGAUGAGUCAAUCGAAUGCUACACCAACGACGUACCACAUAAUCGACGACGAAGCACAACAAGUCAACGAAUGGAUCAAACUCGGUUUGCGGAUUGGCGUGUCGAGUGCUUUGCAUCCCUUCGAAUAUGCGAAAGUCUUGAUGCAGAUUGGCUUCGAGCCGAUUGCGCCGGUUCCGGGUCGCACAAUUUUCGGACGUCCCGCUUACGUGCUGCCCAACAUCUUCACGUACACCGGCUACAUCAAGAACAUUGACGGUUUCACGGGACUCUUUCGCGGUCUCUCACCCAAACUCGCCGGCAUGAUUCUCAGUUCGUGCGUCAGCGAGAAAGUGGCGGAGCAUUGUGGCUUGGCGCCCAUCGAGUUGCCAAAGAAAGACGAGGAUUUGACCGAGGAGGAGCGUUACAAUCUUAUGGUGCGGCAAUUGUCGCGCGACGUUGUCCUGCAUACGACGGGAAUUGUCGUGUCGCAUCCGUUGCAUGUCAUUUCGGUGCGCAUGAUGGCCCAAUUUGUCGGCAAGGAGGUCAAGUACAAGUCGAUUUUCGGUUCGCUCAUGACAAUUUGGCGCGAAGAGGGCAUUUUGGGCUUCUUUUCGGGCCUUUUGCCGCGUCUCAUUGCCGACUUGUCGUGUCUCAUACUCGCCACGUCCACGACAUAUCUCGUGAAUAAACACAUUAUUGCCGAAAAGGAACACCAAGUGUACUUUGGGAGCUUCAAUACAUUCAUUUGGGCUGGAAUUUUGUAUCCAUUCCAUCUGGUCUCGACGUGCUCGAUUGUCUCGGGAUCCGGACUGGCAGCGGGACGACCUCCAAUUAUGCCGCUGUACGACAACUGGAGUCACUGUUAUCGCAUGCUGAAACGCGAAGGCGAGCUCAAACGUGGUAGCUCAGUAUUUUUCCGUUAUGCCAAAAAGGUGCAGUACACCGCAACAGCUCCCUAUCCCACAUUGAGCAGAUACAACUAAAAAAAAAUUUCGGGAUUUUUUCUGUAAACUCUCCUUUCCUAAUUCUUCUUCUUCAUCAUCGCUCACUAGUUAUGACCCACGAAAAAUGCUUUUACAGUUUUUUUUAAGCGACACUUGAACAGUGGAACAAUUCCUUGAUGCAUUUUAAUUAACGUAAUUUUGAGGAUCAACUUCGAUCAACGGAGAAAAUAUAAAAAUUUUGUAAAUAUUGAAACCAUUCAGACGAUUUUCUGUGAUUCGGAUCAUAAUUUUGUUCAAUUUUAUUAACAUACAGCUCCAAAAAGCUACGAAUGAUGUCAAAAAAAUAUUAUCUAAACAGAGAAAAAUUAAAUAAAAAAUAUGAAAUUUAAAAAAAAAUAAU